AUGCUCCUCUCCACUUUUUCCCGGCCCAAGCACCCUGCCUGCCAUCUCAAUUCCCUCAACCCCCUGCCAUCCCCCCUCCCCACCCUUCAGUCGGCCUUCUCCGGGCGGGGUGAUCGCAGCCCAGAGGCGGGGUGGCCGGAGGUGGAGGGGCCGGUGGACGUGGUGCUCUUCGAGGGCUGGAUGCUCGGCUUCCAUGCGCUGCCCGCUCAUAAGGCUGCUGCCAUCGACCCUCAGCUGGGCGAGGUGAAUGGGCGGCUGCAGCAGUACAGCGCGUGGCACGACAUGGUGGACUCGUGGGUCAUCAUCCAGGUGGCGGACGUUGAUUGGGUCUUUGACUGGCGCCUGCAGGCGGAGGUAGCAAUGAGGGCCACCAGCAAGCCCGGCAUGACCGACGAACAGGUGCACGACUUUGUGACGCGCUACAUCCCGGCGUACAAGGCGUAUCUGCCCGCGCUCUAUGCCCGCGGGCCAGAGGGCAGUCGUCCCGACCACACGCUGCGCAUUGACAUCGACCAGGGCCGCAACCCAGUUGGCUAG